UCUCUCCUGUGAUCUCAUGUUAUUUAAACUAUUUCAGAGACAUUAUUGUUGUAGAUAAAGAACGAACCCAAUAUCGCCACACGUGACCGUUGACAAGCUUCGGGAGUCCAGCCGACACCGGAACAUUAUUUGGCUUCAGUCAAAUUCACCGAGAAGGCACGACUGCGGCUCUCAUGUCGACCAUGCUGAGACUUCCAGCUCUGCGGGCCAGGGCAGUCCGUCCCUGCAGCGUCAGAUUUCUCUCUCGUGCAGUAUCAUCACUCUCACCACCAUUGAUUCGCCUUCAAGACGCCACAUUUUACCAAAAUUACCCAACCGCCGAAAAUCAAGCAAGCGGCCAGAACCCUCCUCUAUUCCCUAAUCUCAGUCUCGAAAUCCCAUCGAAGCGCGGCGAAGAUGGCCCUCAGCAUUGGGCCGUGCUCGGAGCCCACGGCCGAACGCAAUUCCUCGACGUCCUUCGUGGCCAGUACAUUUGCGUACCGCCCAACGCCCGCAGCUAUCCCUACCUACUUACAGAGGAAAUCGCAAAGAAGGAUCCUCGGUUACGGUAUUCAGGAAGUGCAAUUCAAUACAUUGGGUUUAGUGGAGAGGGCUCGGGCGCGAUUGGAGGUACGCGAGGCGCAUACUUAAGUGCUCGUUAUGAGAGUUUACGGGAGGAGACCGACUGGACGGUCAACCAGUAUCUUAGGGGCCAGACAUCCCUGAAUCCGCUAGAGGAAGAUAAGGAGGGCACAGUCCGUAAUGAGGAAUUACUCUCCACGGUUAUCAAAGAUUUGCGUUUGGACGCACUUCUCGAUAUGCCUGUGGCUAACUUGAGCAAUGGACAAACGAGACGGACGCGGAUCGCAAAGGCGCUGCUGAGCAAACCAGAGCUUCUCCUCCUUGAUGACCCUUUUAUGGGUCUUGACCCGGCUACCGUUGAAAGUAUCUCCGGCUUCCUACACCGUUUAGCAGACAAGUCGGACCCUCGACUGGUGCUGUCCCUACGACCUCAAGAUACGAUUCCAGAUUGGAUCACGCACCUCCUUGUCCUAGGAAAGUCAAAUCGAGUUCUCACGCAGGGGCCACGAUCCCAUGUCCAGAAUGUAUUCGACAUAUGGUCUCAAACGAUCACCAACCCGGGAUACCGAAAGAGGAACGAUGCGGAGUAUAAAAAAAUUAUCAAACAAGCCACAGCCGACAUGGAAGCUGGUUAUCUCGAUGAACAACUCAUCACGGAUCUUCAAUCGCAUAGGUACUCUACUGUGCUCACGGACUUCCUUGCCCCCCGGGGAGGUGAGGCUCUCAUUGAAAUGGACGGAGUCCAGGUUCGAUACGGUGGUGAUGGUGCCGGCGGCACGAUAGCCCUUGGUGACUGGACGCAAGAGGUCAGGGGUCAGAAGAAGCCAGGCCUACACUGGGUUGUCCGUAGGGGCCAGCGCUGGGUGGUGCUUGGGGCCAACGGCUCGGGCAAGACUACUCUCCUCUCUCUCAUCACCUCCGACCAUCCUCAAGCCUAUUCACUUCCCCUCAAGCUAUUUGGUCGCUCUCGCCUUCCCGAGCCUGGUAAACCAGGGAUCUCCAUUUUCGAGCUCCAAUCGCGCAUCGGCCACUCCUCGCCCGAAAUCCAUGCCUUCUUCCCACGCCAACUCACGAUUCGCCAGGCGCUUGAAUCCGCCUUUGCAGAAACAUUUCUUUCAAAGCCAAAGCUCAACCACGAGCUUGACCUGGACGUUUCUUCCGUCCUCCGCUAUUUCAAAGCAGAACUUGAUCCGGAUUUCUGCCCUGGUGCUGCGCAAGACGCCCCAAAAAUUUCUGCUGACCGCAAAAACUUCCCCGAACUACGCGACCGCGUCUGGUCACGCACUACCUUUACACCUUUCGACUACGAUGUCAACUACGCUGAUAAUAUCACCUUCGGCCAGCUCUCUACCGCCCAACAACGCCUCGUUCUCUUCUUACGCGCCCUCGUACACAGGCCCGACAUAGUCAUCCUCGAUGAACCCUUCUCCGGCAUGUCCGGCACCGUCCGCGACAAAUGCCAUCACUUCCUCGAAGUCGGCGAACAUGCGGGCCACAAGGCCUCGACCGCUAUCCGAAAGCACGGGAGGGUCCCUUGGCUCGAGGGAUUUCAACCUGACAAGGACGCUUACAACUCAAUGAACCCUCCACCUGAGGUUCGCUUCACCGGCCUCACGGAUGACCAGGCCCUGAUUAUGAUCAGCCACGUCCGUGAAGAGAUCCCAGACAGCGUGCGCCAUUAUAUGCGCUUGCCAUCCGGGAGUAAGGAGGACGGCACAGCUCUGGAUUUCCGGUGUGGGACGCUCAUGCGCGUCAGUAUUUUACGAGAUCCGAAUGUUUGGAAGAAGGCUUGGUUGUCUGGGGACGAAUUUACCAAAAAUCUCGGCAUAAGACGGUCAUUUAGACGGCGAACCGGUUCAAGUACAGUCGAGGAGACUGGGGAGUUUGAUGAGGAGGUUUAUGAUUGGUGGUCAAUUUGAGGUUUGCCUCGAAUAUGAUCUGCAUAUUGUUUUUUUGAGCGGUUGGACUGUACCAUAGACUUUUUCAUUUUGACUUGGAACGCAUUAGACAGGAUAUAGAUAGGGGCGAGCCAUUCUUUUUCGGCGAGAAGUGCUCAGCCGAAGAUGUACUUUAGAACGGGGUAUAAUGGGUCAUCAAAAAUGUCCCAGCACAGAAGCAAUAUACUAUAUAUAAAAAAAAGCCUAAGAAUCUGCAGCACCGGGACCGGGAACCAGCCACAAGUCCAGCCAGAGUCUACAUUUAAUGCUCAUUAUUCCUCGCCGCGUCCGCCAAUCCCAUAAUCAACGAUUCAGACCGUGUCAUUUCCGGCCUCUUAGCCUUCUCUUCCUCCGUCAUUUCCAACCCCUUAGCGACAAGAUCCGUGAAGUCAACACCAACCUCGGAUAAGAGGCUCGCCUGCUCGUGCACGAUCUCGAUACAUUUCUCCCAGACGACUGUCCCACGUUGCACGCUACUUAGUUGGCGCGUCAGGAGGGAGUUGAAGUUGUCUAGGUGGUGCUUCGCCCAUUUUAUGCAUGCGCUUGUCAUCACGGAGGGAAAGCAUUGUUGGUAAGUGCCGACGGUGUUUUUGAUUAGAGUGAAGUAAACGUAGGAGAUCUGGAAGAUGUAGAGAGGGAGGUCGCCUUCGAAUAUGCAUGCUCUAGUUAUUGUUAGAGAUACCCUGUAUGAAGGAUGUGAUGAAAAUGCU